UAAAAAACAUCUUUUACCAUUAAAAAAGCUAUAAUCCUCUUCAGAAAUGCAGAGAGAUACAUAUAAACCUUCUAUAUUAGCAGAUCAGCCUAUUGGAACUGCACAGUUUGCUGCACGUUCUGUUCAAAUGUCAUAUCUAUGUGCAGAUUGUGGAGCAAUCAAUCAUAUCCAAGCAAGAGAAAUCAUUCGGUGUCGUGAAUGUGGUCACCGUGUGAUGUAUAAGCAAAGAACAAAAAGAAUGAUUCAGUUUGAAGCAAGGUAGUGAUUGCUGUAUUUUUUUUUUAAGAAAAUAUCAUGUAUAUAUCUA